AUCGCUACCGACCACCGACUCAAAAAAGUGCUCAAUGUUUUGAAAAUUUGGCGGCGGAGAUGUUUUCCAGGCGCACGUAUGUUCGCUGAGAAACUGACACGAUGGACAAAGCCGAGGAAGAGUUGAUAAAUUUACGCAGGCGGCUGGACAAGUUGGGUUACCGGCAGCCGCUCUCGACCGAGUCAAGUCUGCUCGUCGGAAGACUUUUUAAUGAUCUCGUGCUGACGACGGAAAGCCUGAGAGCUGCAAAGCUCGAGGCUACCAAAAACUCGACGAAAACUCUGGGGUCAUCAUUAAAUCCAUACGUAGAACCUUACGCAACAGAAAAUGCAAGACUAAUAAAAGAAAAUAACGAGCUUCAGGCCAAACUUGCAAAUGUGCAAGAAGCUGCAGAUGCUAAGUCAAAAGGUUUGAAGUCAUCCGUUGUUAAGCUGCAGCAUGAAAACGCUGACGUGAGAUUUCUCAACAGUCAGUACUUGCACAAGAUAUGCGAACUGGAGAAGGAUUCCACUGUCAAGUCCGACAGACUCUAUGCGUUACAGGAGAAAAAUUUCCAGGCUGUGAUACAGACUCCCAGUCACAAACAGCAGUAUCUACCGUUUCGGCGGCAGCGCAUGGAAAUAGACUUUCCGUUGCCACCACCCGAUAAUGUACUCAAACGGAUGCAAAUGGACGAUCCUUACAUCGCUGAUUUGCUCAAGGUCGCUGACACACGCAUAGAAGAGCUUCAGACAGAUGUGGAGAAGGACAAGGAGGAUAAAGCUAACCUAGAAAAACUUGUUGAUGUCUUAAAAAAGCAGGUUGAGAAGAGAGACCGCGAGGUUGAUCGAUUGAAUCAGCUUCUAAAAGGUGGACAGCCGUUUGAUGUUGUGAGUGCGGAGGCCAAAUCCCAAGGCAAUGAGAAGCUCGUGCAGCAUCUGAACCUGCAGCUUGACUUCCUACAAAAGGAGAACCAGGAGCUGCAACAAGCUCUCAAGGAGUCCAAAAACCAGCUCAAAGAGCCUGCGGGCCAUCUCGAUGAUAAUCGAAAGGAGUUCGAAAACAAACUCAAGGAUAUCGGAAACCUUGUGCAUACACUAGAACACAGUAGCAAGGGCAUACAGGCAACAGAUGAUGAGCUCCAUCGUGCAAAGGCCGAUCGGGAGACCGCAUUAGACCAGCUGCGCAACUCGGAACAGGAGAACGCCACUUCGAAAGAGGAAAUUUCAAGACUACACCAGGAGCUGCACAAUUUGAGGCAUACAGAAGUUGAACAACUGAAAGGCUUGCUGGAUAAGUCUUACCAUGAUAAAAACGCAUUAGAAGUAAAGGUCAACGAAUUGUUUGCAAAAGAUCAAGAGCUUGAGAUGGAGCUGGGUAAGCUGAAGGCUGCGUCUGUGCGCUCGGCGGCCGCUCGCUCGCCGGGCCGCGUCGACAAGCAGAUGAAGCAGCUGGAGGACGAGAAGGACUACUACAAGCUGGAGGCAGACACCAUGCAGAAGAUGAUGAAGAACUGGAAGUCGACGGCGCCAUCUAGCGGGAAGAAACUGGAACGCCCAAAGAGCCCCACCGAGAGACUGAACUCGAUGAAGAAAGGUGAGUCGAUCAAGAAUCUGACCUCGACGUCGAAAGACACGAUCGAUCUCGACUCGACAGGGGGCGACACAGACAGCCGACGCACGCCACUACCCAAGGGAACCGGCAGCGGCAAAAAGGUUCCAAAUACGGGGACCGGGUGGAAGAAAGCGCGCGCGCGACUCUUGGCCGGUGCAAAAGCGGAAAAGAAACGGGACAGCGAAGAUUUCAGCGGCUCCGACAUGACUCGAAGCAGACGAGGUCGGAGCAGGAUGGACGAAAACUCGUCCGAGCAGAUCGGCCUUGAUUCGAGCAACGAUUUUCAAACGCCCGACGUGGGAGGGGCAAAGAAUGUUUCCCAUUAUGAAUCCUAUAUCAAACUACUCGAGGAAGAGAGAGACCAUUAUAAGCAAGAGUGUGAAAAGUUGAGAUCAUUCCAGCAAGAUGCAAGGUUUGGCAAAACGAGUGCGAGCGACGAGAUUCGAAAAAUGAGGGCUGAGAACAUGAAGCUUCGCGACACGAUGAAUCGGUUCGAGAAGCAGAUUGCAGAUGUGCAAGCCAGUACGAGAGUCUUAGCAGCAGAGAGAGAUAACCUGGAAAUGUUACAUGAGCAGGCCAAGGAAGAGUUGAAAAGCUUGCGGCGCGACCUCCUCUCUAAGACGCCGAAGACGUCUGCGCAGGCGUCGAUGGCGGCACAGGCGAUGCUGCGACGGCUGGAGCGCGAGCGCGACGAGGCGCUGUCCGACGUGCGCAGGAUGACAAGUGAACGCGACACGUUGCGGGAGAAGCUCAAGGUUACCACGGAAACGCACGUGAAUGAAAAGUCGUUUCAAGAUUCGAGAUUUGAAGAUCAGCAGAAUCGUCUACACUCGGCUGAUCUGGAGAAGGGAGAGCUAAUGUCCAAAUACUCCGCUGUCAAGGAGAUGGCCUAUUCUCUCGAAGGUCAGGUCAAGAGUCAGACACAGCAAAUCAGCCAGCUGAAGGAUGAAGUGAACCAACACAAGGGCCAGGCAAAUCAAAUGAGACAACUUGCGGAGCAGACCGAGCGCAGUUUGGACGACCACCAGUUCCGGCUGUCGCGCAGGAGCGUAGACCUGCAGUCUGCUGAGAAAACUAUACAGGAUCUGCGUGCGUCGCUAGGAGUGUGUCGUUCUCUGUUCGUUAUGUUCUUUGGUGUUCGUUCUGUCUUACAACUUGCGGAGCAGACCGAGCGCAGUUUGGACGACCAUCAGUUUCGGCUGUCGCGCAGGAGCGUAGACCUGCAGUCUGCUGAGAAAACUAUACAGGAUCUGCGUGCGUCGCUAGAUGGUUCUGAGAGGACGGUCGUCGAGCUACGAGGGGAGGUGUCGACGCUGCGUGCCAGGGUGGUGACGCUGGACCGGGAGAAGGACUCCCUCCAACUGGACGGCGACGACAAGAGCGAGCGACUCGAGUUCGUGAACCAGGAGCUCAAGGAGAGAGAGACAAAGAUAAUAGAAUGUAAGGACAAGAUUCAUGAGCAUAAGCUGAACAUUGAGCACCUAACUGAAGCACUAUCAGCGAAGGACCGAGAAAUAAACAGUCUAAAAAGACAGGUUGAUACUACAAACCAAGACGUCAAUGACACGUCGCGAGCGCGUGAUAUAGUCAACAAAGAGAACAUGAGACUCAAUGAAGAUCUGGAAGCCAUGGCGAAGGAAAAUCAAACGAUUAACAGUGACCUACAGUUGGUCAAUGAAGACAGAGAACACCUCAAGUUACAGGUGAAAGAGUACAUCGCGGAGGUGGCGAGAGUUCACGACCUGCUCGCGCAGAAGGAGCAGGAGCGCUACGAGCUGCUGCAGCAGUAUCGCUCGCUCUGCGAGACCGCGCAGGAGAUCGAGAGCCAAUCGGAGGUGCUCAGCUCUGAGGCUUCGUCGGCGCGGCUCGAGAUCGCCGCUAAGGACAUCAACGUGAAACAGCUGAUGGAGCGAAACACCCAGGUUGAGAGAAAUCUGCAAGAGGGGUGUAGUGAAGUCUGCAAGAGCGCAAACUUGAAUUUGGACAUAGAUCGGCUGCGUCCACGCAUAUCAGAUUUCGAGGAUCACGUGCAGAAGCUACGGCAGCAGUUGUACAGCGAGCGCUUCGAGAAGGAGAGGGCGGUGCAGGAGCUGCGACGGCAGGGUCUCAACCCGCCCAUACCUAUCUCUGUUACCUCGACGUCCAGGCUUACGGACCAGUACGCAUCGACUAGUGGCCUAGCCGACAAGUCCGCUGACAGAUCGAGAAGAACGCAGUCGAAAAGCAGGGAAUCCUUAGAUCUAUACUCCUCUCAGGAGACAGUGUCAAAGCGCAAACCUAGGACGUCUAGCAAAGUGGCUAGGUAUAAAGAGGACAGCGAUAUUGAUCCUAGGCGAGGCAGUUCUAUGACAAGUGAUUCGUCGUGACCCCCCUCACCCCCUCAGCAGACACCUCAGCCAUCGUUUGCCAGCUCUUCCACAGAGUAGCAAUGCCAUCUACUGAGUUCUCUACAGUGUUCUCUUGAGUGUCUUCGACAGUGUGACAUGAGCUGUUACAACAUCCAGUAAUGUGUGUGACAGUGUCGAAUCUGCAACGGUGUGGCGUCGGAGAUGAUGUGGAAUCUAUGACAGCCUCCAGUCUGUCACUACGUCGUGUUGCCACAGUGACAGUUUCGAAUCUGUGACAAGAUUGCAUCGGUGACAACAUUGCAUCUGUGACAACGCUGUAUAUGCGACAAUGCUGAAUCUGUGACAAUACCAUCUCGGUGUCUUUACACUUGUCAAGACAUUUCCAGUCGUUUACAGAAGGAGAGCAUCACAUCUGUGACAACGUUCCAUCAGUGACAAUAUUCCAUCAGUUCCACGUCAGAGUCAGUGUCACAUCCGCGAUAACGUUGACACUUGUCUUCAACGUGACAAUUCGCGCAACUAUGACGUCAUUGGAUAAUGGCAAUGGGGUCAUGUUGACAAUGUGACAAUGUUGGGAUACUGUUGAUGGUUGGCUGCGGUUUGGUGGCACCGGUGAUGGCAACCGCCUUUCAAGCUGUGCAGGAGAGUAUGUGCGAGAUAUGAUUAAAUAUUUAACGAUGUCAUACGUACAAAGGUGCUGUUGAUGUUUCGAAGUGGGAACUCGCCAUUUAUCUGUGUGCAAUAUUAGGUUUCACUACUGGUGAUCCAACUGUUAGUGCCUGACACCCAGUUUUACCCCGAGAAAACGCCAUUGCUUGCAGCGAAGAAUUGUGAAUCAAUCUACAGCAUUCAACUUGUCAAUUUUAUAACGUAGUUUCUGAUGUAUGCGCAUGUGCAUGCACAUGCGGGUUUAUUUCGAUUUCAUUUGUAAAUUGCUUGAGAUACAUGUGGUAUAAGGAAUUAUAUGCAAUUCUCGGGCUUUCGUAUCAUCUAUCUCGCAUGUAAAUUGUUUCAUUUGAGAGGAAACUUGUCGCUGUACUUAAAUGGCCGGUCACACAUGCCAUCCAGUACACAUAUCCGUCCAUGUAUAGCACGAAUGUGUCGCCAUUCCACUGUAUAGUCUAUAUGUAACUACACUAUCCGUUCUAAUAUGACCGGUCAUAGUAAUGACGUUAUUGUGAAUAUAUUGUGAGAAUUUUGCGUAGCUCCUGGUUGCGUAUUUAGGAGCAGGAAUAGCUCGAAUAGAUUGAAACACGCGAGCAUAUUCUCCCAGCCAAGGAGCUAGAUAUACUUUAACUUGUAUAUAUUCAGCUCUUUGCUCUCGGCAGCGUAUAACUGCGACUGAUUGAAGAAAGCGGGUUGUUUUUUCAUAGAGGGAGUUGUAGUCAUAAUAAAAGUGGAACUAUCUGAGCAGAUAUUUUCGUACUUUUGUUGCACCGCACGCGAAAGUGUGGUGCGCGCGGUGCCUGUUUGUGUAAAACGCACAAUGCAAUUCUUGCCGACAUAUAUUAUAUAUAUUAUAUACAUAUAUAUAUAUAUAUAUAUGCGUGUGUGCGUGUGUGCGUGCGUGCGUGCGUGCGUGUGUGUGUACACUUAUUACAAUGCAUGACGAUGUUUAAAAUAGCGUUUCGACAUUUUAGACAACACGCGAAUUCGCUUCGUGUGGUUUUUUUUUAGAACAUGGCAACUGUCGGCGUCUGCCAAAAACGCAUCUUUAUUGAACUACUGUGUAUAUACUUGUAAUUGAGCAGCGCGUUUGCCCCGUGGAUUUAAACUGACAGGAGAUCCUCCUGUAUGCUCCUGAAUACACCGGCUGUUCGUGUUCGUACGAGAGACAGUCUACUAAACGGUCGAGUUGACAGGCUUCGAAUAUCUGCGCUCGAGCGUGUUUGAUUAAGUCGAGGUCCGGUCGGUCUAAACCGACGAUAUUCAUCCUGUGAAAUUUACUUGCUGGGUGUGUUUUUUUCUCGCGUUUGUGGCGCGGCAGGUGAUUUUGUUUGAGCAGGUACACGAGAAUUUCGGCGUAAUGUGUUUGAGCUGCGAGCGUUUUCAGCCGUAGCUUGAAUUAUAGAUGUCGUAUCGCAUUGCAUAGGGACAUGAACCGACGUCGUCUUACAUUGUACUGGCUUGCCACGCGUCAGUUUACCGUUGAUAAGUGCAGCAAUCAGGCGACACUAUAGUCAUUCUAACUAUGGUCUGCUGUAAGAAUAAUUGCAAGACAGUGUUUUCUGUAAGACGGAACUUUGUGUUUCUCUGCUCAUCAUUUUCUCCGUGUUUUUUUAUUAUUCUAAAAGUAGUUUAAUGCAGCCGUAGUUCCGCGUGUGCUCGCUCUCCUUCUAUAUGUUAAGAUGGCUUCAGGAACGGUUGUGUUCGCUCCCUGUGCAAUGCUUGCAAGACGUCUAUACUUUUAAUGAAUAUUUUCGUUCAUUGAUUAUUUGUAAAUUUGGCUGCUUUCUAUAUGCAACUUGAAUGUUCGUUGAUAUUAUCAUCCGCCAUAUUGAAAUAUUGUAAUUAUUAAAACAAUGCGUGAUUUUUUUUUAA